AUGGUUCGCCCCUGCUCUCAUUGGAUUUGGUGUUCGGGGGAUGAGACGCCAAUCAUCGCGAACUCCAACCGCUUAGAGCAACUGACAUAUCCAUUAUUAUCUCAAGAUUUAAUCCCAAGUCUUAUUUUAUUAAUAGGUCGUCGCCGACGGCCAGUCAUAAAUCGUAUACCUAAAAGGCAAGACAACCGGAUAUGUCUUGAUCUUGAUGAGCAAGACGAGUUUCCUCUCCUCCUCGUAACGGCGGCUCUAGAAGGAAAGUUCCGUGUGAACAUACCGUGCUGCAAUCCUAUAAGAGAAAACCACUCAGUAUAUGAAUCGCUAGCACAAGCGGUUGCCGUUAUAUAUUCUCAGCUGCUUUAUCCUUUCGUGGAUAUCUUCUGCUUCUACUUGUACUGUGAAAAUGACAUGGUAGUUGUUGCCACACAUGUGGCUUUGUGGAUCGAAAGCCAGCCUGCGCCGAGAUCUGGGUAUCCUCCCCAACUACUCAUGGUAUUGUCGGGUCACCGCUGGAAGAAAUGGGAUGAUACCUCGGUGAGGCGAAAGUUUCAUACUCUUGUUAAGGAAAAGACCAUCCAACCUCUAGACUCUUUUUUCCCUGAAAUUGUCUUACUUCGAAUACAACAUAGUGGUCCUUUUUCUUUGGUUAGACCUUUCUUGGUGGAACAUCUUCAACAUAUCCGUCAACGACGGGAAGAAGCGCACGCCCUGUUCACGAUACCGCAUCUCAACUCAUUGUUGGAUCGGGCAUUCCGUGACGUUGGAAAAUCCCAAAACUUCUCAUUCGACUGCCUUCGCGCGUCGAGGCAAGACUUUCCAGUUUCUCCCACUAUGGCCACACAUCUAGAAGACUUCGUAAGCCACAUGCCUCUGGCGCGGCAACUUCACGAGUUCGCCGCACCCGUAACCGCAUCAAGUAUCCUCUUAGACCAGUAUCCCCCGGGAAUGCAUUUAUUCAAACCCGAAGAAGUAUACUAUAAGCUUUACAAUGUAGUAUGCCUACAGGUCGGACGGAGUGCGUUUCAACAAGAUCGAGACGACGGGCUCCUGUUACCUAGCGCAUUUUCUGCAUCGGUUUUAGCCAACCUCGAAUCAUUCUUCACAUACCUUGCCGGUGGGAAGCCUGCUUCUUCGAUCCACCGUAUGGUGCUUGCAAGAUAUGCUGAGGAUUGGAACCAUAUCCAAAGCAGCCAGUCUUGCUUCAGCUGUUUCACAUCGAUUCCGCAACACAUUGCCAGAUGCGGGCACGCCUUUUGCGAAAAUUGUAUACAAAUCUUUGGUAAAUCCCUGGAUUCGGACCCUGGAUUAUGGUAUCUUUCAAAAUGCAUACUUUGCCAGUCGCAGGUCGACCUUAUUGUGCGCGUGAGGCCUCUGACGGCAGGUCAUGGAAUCCUCUGCAUUGAUGGAGGAGGUGUUUGCGGGAUCAUUCCAUCUACUGUGCUAGAACUGAUUCAGGAGUCUCUUGGUCUUCCAAUUCCAGUCCAGGAGCACUUCAGCCUAGCAUAUGGUGUGAGCGUUGGGGGGUUACUUGUCCUUGGUUUAUACGAUAAAGGUUGGUCUGCGGCCACUUGCACCUUCAAAUUAGAAACAUUGGCCGGAGAAGCCUUUUACAGCCCUGUCCGCGGGUUCUUUCUAUUUUUCUUAGUGCUUAAAUGGAUUCAUCUUGUUUUUCUGGGUUGCCUAUAUCCUUCAAAGGGGAUAGACGGUGCUUUAGUAAAAGUGUUCGGCAAUAAGAGAAUGGCGAACCCAUCCUACGCCACCCUCACCGGGACAAAGAUUGGUGUGCUUGCCACUACAAAUACUAAAGUACCAGUUACUUAUCUCUUUACAAACUAUAAUGGAAUUGGCGAAGCCAGAGUUGGCUACGUGGUCCAUCAAGGUAGCAAUGACGUUAAGACAUGGGAGGUGGCACGAAGCACUUCCGCCGCUCCGAUGUACUUUUUGCCAAAAUACAUUCCAGGACUCGGGAACCUAUUAGACGGCGGCAUCGUACGGAAUAACCCUACUUUGGUUGGCAUGUCCGAAUUUGGGACGAUGGCGUUGGGCGCAAGGCCUGAUUUCGUGCUUAAUUUAGGUGCCGGGACAUCACUGGAACUCGACCUGGAAGAUGAGAGGCCUCAGAGACCACGGCGAUAUGGCUGGCUAACACGACUUGUCCGAGCCUACCUAUCUCACUUGCAAGGCCAAAGAACCUGGAACGACGUCACUUGCCUCCUAAAGAAGGAGGCUAGGACGAACAGUUACUAUCGACUUAACAUUACUCUCCAUGGAGAAACCAGCCUCGAUGACACUACAGCGAUGCCUCGGCUAAGAUCCCUUGUCCUCCAGGACACCGCAUUACGAGAUACUAUCGACAAGUUUGCCCGGAGGCUCUUUGCUGCUCUGUUUUAUUUUGAGUUAACAGAAGUACCUACACCAUUUGGGUCCUGUUUUAACGUAAAGGGAAAUAUACUAUGUUUGCGAAGGGCAGGAGAUCCAGCACUCACGCUCAUCCUAGAGCGUCUCGAAAACUCGGUCCUGUUGAUUAAUGGGCAAAAGACAAAGUUUAAGCCGGUCAAAGAUGCCAAAGGAAACAUCAAGGUGGCGCUCGUUUUCGUUGGACAUUCAUCCAUCAGCUUAGAGCUCAAGGAGAUGCAAUGGAAUACUGCUUUCCAUCUCAGCGGUUCGCCAUACAUACUGCCGGAACUGGUUUCUCGUAGUGGCUUGGCAGCAUCCUUUGGCACCCGUACUCAUAAAAGGAAAGCUGAAUCUGAUUUGCUAGAACGGCAAUCGCAGCGGAGAAAGCUUUCUUAUUAA